AUACCUAGAUUAUGUAGCCUACGGGAGGUAGCAAUGGCGUCACGGGGCAUUUCUUCAAAGGUUAUGGGCUACGGCUGGGUUCUAUGGCAAGGUGCGGACUGGGCCGGUUGGUACUCUGCUUUUCACUGUUUUUUUUGUACGAAUUCUUGUACAUACGGCUUGUGUUUUUUUUCAGAGUCUACUUUUGCAAUGGGGCGCCUAUCAAUACACGCUCUGCAACGCUGUCUGCUGUCUGCUGUCUGGAAAUACUAUGUGAAUGCGGUGAAGAGCACUGGCAUGAGCUCGUAUUCGCGACUUAGGUGUUAUUUUUCUCGUACGAAAGCCGUGUUAGAAGGCCCAGGGGAUUGAUGUAUUUCGCUUCAUACCCGUCUACUCGGUCGGGC